AUGUCGAUGGCGGCCGGAGACAGUGACCCAGAGGGUGUUGAGGUGAUUAUGCAGACGAAUAUGGUGAAUAUCUGUGAGCUGAAUGCGAGACACGAGACUAUUUGGCAUCUAUUGGCCAGAUCUCGAAAUGCAGCUACUAGUCUAGAGAUGGCUAAAGUAAUAUUGUCGACUAGUGAGCACAUGAGCACAUCAGCGUAUUUGGAUUUGCAAAAUAUCGAUGGUGAAACGGCAGCACAGAUAGCUUUUCAAGCCGGGAACUGGGAGCUAGUCAGGCUGUAUCUAGAGAAUGGCGCAUCACCUGAGGGUAUAGAGUUGAGCAGCGGCAGCAGCAGCAGCAAUAUGAAGUCAUUAGCAGCACGUGACGCAAUGGGUGGCUUGAUUGAGCGUCAUCUGCAGGCAGAGUUAAAGUUGAGACGAAUGAUGCCUGCUGAUCCAGUCAGAUAUAUUACGAGGGAUUUGAGUGCGGGUCGUGAGCGUUAUCCGAUCAGCGUGGAGAACUGCAUGGGCGAUGGUGCGGAAUUGGAUGCGGAUUUCGAGUACUCGAGAGUGGUGCUGCGUAGGGAUGAUGAUGCUGCUUUCGGAGGUCGAGUGGAUUUUUCGUUGGGAUGUCGUUGUGCGGAUGAAUGCCGCACAAACUGCGCAUGUAAUACGUCAGCAAACUGCACUCCGCUCUACGACGGCGGUGGUCGUUUAAGCGAAAAAGCCUGCGAACUGGCGCGGAGCAACGAACUGGGAAUCGUGAGCGAAUGUAAUAGCGCGUGUUGGUGUGGGCCGGGUUGUGCGUCACGGGUAGCGCAGUUGGGAAUACGGCAGCGUUUACAGGUUACGAGUUUG